AUGUCGCAGUCCGUUGACCAACCCACCGCGGAGAACACGCGCGUGCAAAACACCCCUCGGUCUUCCUUCACUGUCAUCGAUCCAUCGCGCCAAGACACCUCCAAAUCGCGACCUCCAAGCGUCGGAUCGCCCCUAGACGAAAAACUCGCAAGGGAAGAGGAGGACAUCGAACGAUAUGGCGGGGAUGAUCCACGUGAACCCCGUCCGAAGUCCCCUUUGGGGGGCGUACCCUCUUUACUGCCCCCACCUGAGCGAGACCCCAACAUGGCGAAUUGGGAUGGCCCGGACGAUCCACAUAAUCCUCAAAAUUGGUCGAUACGAAGGAAAUGGAUGAUCACGGUGGUCUGUAUUAUAAUGACGGUCAACGUAACCUUCGCAUCCUCAGCACCGUCCUCCGCUGCGCCUCGAAUCAUGCAGGAGUUUCAUACCUCCAAGGAGGUAUCUUACCUCGUCACAACUGUUUUUCUGCUCGGUUACGUGUUCGGCCCUAUGUUCUGGGGACCGGGGAGUGAGCUCGUUGGGAGAAGACCUAUCUUCAUCAUCACUAUGACUUUGUAUACCCUGUUCCAUCUCGGGCAAGGGCUCGCGAAGAACAUGCAAACCCUCCUCGUCACUCGAUUUUUCGUAGGCUUUUUUGCUGUCGCACCGGUGACGAACUGUGGUGGCGUUGUCGCUGAUAUCUGGUCAGCUGCGGGAAGAGGUCCGGCAAUGAGUAUGUUCACUGCCAGUGUUUUCCUUGGCCCGGUCUUGGGUCCUAUCGUCGCUGGGUUCAUUGUCCAAAGUCACGCUUCGUGGCGAUGGAUCUUCUGGGUCAUGAUGAUAUUCGCUGGUGUCUGUACCGCCAUCAUGAUUCCAACUCUCCCAGAAACAUACGCCCCAGUUAUUCUUCUCAAGAAGGCCAAGCGGUUGCGCAAGCAAGAUCCUGUCAAGUACAAGGACUUGUACGCAGAGCAUGAGAACCAGGACUGGUCGAUUUGGGGUGUCAUUAAGCGAACCCUUUUUCGUCCGUUUGAGAUGCUCUUCAUGGAGCCCAUUCUCUUCCUCAUUACAAUAUAUCUAUCCAUUGUUUACGGCCUCCUCUAUGCUCUCUUCCAAGCCUUCCCCAUUAUAUUCAUUACGAUUCGCCACUUCACUACCGGCCAUGAUGGUCUGAUGUUCAUCGGUAUCGGUAUUGGAACUACCAUAGGCGCAUUCCUUAACUGGGUCUUCUCUCGACACUACCCUCAGCUCAUCAAAAGAUGGAAAGGUUUUCCGCCUCCGGAGGAGCGGCUCUAUGGCGCCAUGCUGGGAAGCUCACUCUUGGUCAUCGGCAUCUUCUGGCUAGGCUGGACUGGGCAGUAUGCCUCUGUCCCCUGGUACGUCCCAGGUCUCAGCACUAUUGCUAUUGGCGCUGCGAUCGCUUUGAUCUUCGUGUCUUUCCUCAGCUUCUUGGUCGAUACAUAUCUACAAUACAGCGCCUCCGCUUUCGCCGCCAACACCAUGGUCCGAUCUGCCAUCGCGGCCGCUUUCCCCCUUUUUACAACCCAGAUGUUCACAAACCUCGGCGUCAAUUGGGCAUGUACCCUCGUCGGUCUCCUGGGCCUCCUGUUCGUCCCCGCGCCCUUCCUCUUUUACAAGUAUGGUGCAUGGAUUCGCGGCCGCAGCAGCUUUGCACCUUGCUUUGAUCUCGUCAUCGCCAAAGAAUUAGAAGAGGAAGAAAAAAUGGGGGCGAAGCCAUAA